AUGUCCGUGGGGGAUAAACUGAACGAGGCCUUCUGUUGGCUGAAGGAAGAGUUCGAUGAGUUGAUAACAGACCUGGAGGUAGACAAAAGUGAACUAAACGUGAGUGAUAUUUACACGAAGAUUAAUAACACGUUCAGGAGCAUAAAUGGCGGGGAAAAUCCCCCCCUGUGUGCAGAUGACAAGGGAGCAGGAAACAACAAGAAAACAAAAGAACGCAUUAACCAUGAGGAGCUCGUACCCUGGAGCAAUUUGAAUUACUCUCUCUUCCAUUAUGUACACAUAUACAACAAGAUUAGGGAGACACUACUUAUUGACGAUGAGGAUUUUUGUUUCAAUUUCGAUACAGAGAAUUUUUUUUCAAAGAGGAGGUUUUCCCCGAACUUGGCAUUCCACCCGCUGAUUAGUUCCAUUGAAGUUUCCUAUUUUAACUUCCUUUUGUUUUGCAUUUUGGGUGGAUCGUACGAUAAAUUAAGGGACGGGGCCUCCAAAGAGGAAGAUCCCAGCGGGGAUAAUCCCAACGAGGAAAUCGUCGCCCCUUCCUCCCGGCGCCGAGGCAAUCGCGCAGAAAUAACGUACGUCUACAACGAUGAUCUGGCGUACAAGGAGAAUUUCAUCGUGACGAAGGAGGAUUAUGCCGCCUUGAGCGAGGUGUACACGAAAAUCCCUAGUCUGCAGCGAUGCCUGGAACGCGGGGAAGACGCGUUGUUCAACUUUGGCCCGCGAACCGGGGAAACCAGUACAAAUAAAGCAAGUGAAAACAAUGGAGAUGGUAAAAAUGAAAUCGCUACGAAUGAUGACAGCUUAAGUGGAGGAUGCAGCGCCGCAACCCUGACCCGAGAAGAGUUGAACGAAACGUAUGCCUUUUCCCUGAAAAAAAAAACCUAUAUGGUGCACCCCCAAAUGAACAAUAAAAUAACAUUCUUCAACGGGGACAUAUCUGCAGUGGACACAGAUGCAAUUGUUCUCUUCGCUAAUCACAACUAUCGGUUUACCAAAACGAUGUGCGAAAAUUUGUACUCCUCAACGUUGAUGAAGUUGGAGGAUGAAGACAAGAUGGAAAUUAAGUGUAAGAAGAGUGGAGAGGUGUAUCUAACGAAUAGUUACGAUGGAAUACACAAAUAUGUUCUACACGUUAUGCUACCAAAGUACAGCAGUAAAUAUAUAUUAGCUACCCAUAACACCAUGAAUGUAUGUAUACAGGAAAUUCUAUGCAUAUGUGUAGAUAAAAGGAUACAAUCUAUUUCGAUUCCCAUUGUUUGUUUUGGUUUGUUCUUCCCCAUCAAUAUUUUUUUAGUCAGUUUUCUCAAGAGUCUACGUUCCUUAUUUUUACUCCCCCAGUUCUACAAUGCCAUCAGGUCGGUUGUGCUCGUUACCAACUCUAAUGACUUGUACCUCCUGGCUUUGAAAUAUGGCUCCAUAUUUUUUCCUCGAUGUCGUGAGGAAAUGUUCCUCUCCGCGAAUAUCGCUAUUUUGGGAAAUAAAUUGGGAUCCAUCGAUGUGCGGAACAGGGGGAUUCGAAUUUUCAGGACGCUGCGGAGAAUCACCCGAGGUGGGCGCGUGCAUCGCAGAAGAAGGAAAAUGGGGGAGAUAGCCAAUGCAAAGUGGCACCCUACCGAGAAGGAUACUUCUGCCAAUACACUUAACCGUGCCGAGAACGGGUCUUCCGCUUGGCCCAAAUCAUACAGCUCAUCAUCAUCGUCAAUAAAUUCAUCCUCCUCAGUUGCGUCGUCCGCCUCGUCCAGAUCCUCCACAUCCCCCGCCUCAUCAGAUAUUUUCAAGGAAACAGACACCGAUUUUUUAAGUCUAAAAACGGAAAGCGAAGGCCAUACAAAUUUAUACAAGCUACAUGACAUUAACAAAAGGGAAGACAACAUGAUGGCAAAUCUGGAGUUCUGUCUCCGUCUAAGUUCCAUGUACAACAUAAAAAAUAAAUACAGUGAAUUUGAAAAGGAUUCUUUUCUCUAUGAAUACGGGAUAGAUAAACAUGGAAGGAAAACAAUGGUCGUCAAUUUUUUUAGGUUUCCUCAAACGUAUAAUUACCAUUUGUUGUUUCUCUAUAUAUUGUUCCACUUCAACUCUUUCAUGCGUAAUCAUUUUGUGCUACUUUUUAUUUUCUCUGAAAGCAUCGCAACGCAAAUCACCAACGUCUUGUCUCUCUUCAAGGAUAUUUUCCAACUCGUUACAGAUUUUUUGCAUAACCUAAAGGUUAUUUAUUUUUUCAACUAUUCCCUCGCCUUCAAGCUUUUCAUCUAUGUCCUCUACCCAUUCAUCCCGGAAAACAUAUACAACAAUAUCGUAUACCUUAAUGAUGGACAGGAACUAUCGAAAUACUUCGACGUUAAAAAGGCCUUGAGACAAUGA